AUGGCAACCGCGGGAUCAGCUGUAUCGACUAGAGAGCAGAACUGGGAGGAGUUUAGAGAAACAGUAAAGAAAGUUAAAGGGGAAUUGAUCAACAAAAUUCAGAGCUUAACGGAAGCAUUACAAGGGGUUAAGGAGAUCUAUGAUGAGUACUACAUAAAGUACAACAAUAAACACCCUCUCGCAUCAGAGAUAAUUAGGGAGGCGCAGAAUGACUUAAUGCCAAUGUUGGUUAAAUUGAAAGAAGAACUUCGGAAGGCGGUAUCUGAAGACGUAACCAUUGUGUUUGUGGGACGUACAAGCAGUGGAAAAUCAUCCUUGAUAAACGCCUUACUUCGAGACGAUCGUCUUCCCACUGGACCUUGUACAACAACGAUGUGCACCUUUGAAGUUCGUCCUACGCCUGAUGUUCUGUGGAACGUUAUUGACACAGGUACUGGAACCAUACUCUCCAAAAUAAAAGACAAAGAAGAAGUAAAGAAAUUUUUAGAUGCACUGGUUGACGAGAAAACUGAGAAAGAGAGGGAGAAGCAAAAUAUAAACUGUGAAAGUGUCAUACGAGUAAAUUGGCCCCGUAACCUCUGCAGUCUACCAGAAGACAUUGUCUUGGUAGAUACACCCGGUUUAGGAGAGACUAACAAGUGGGAUCAAGCCGUCGCUAACUCCUGCAAGAAGGCAGAUCUAAUGGUGGCUGUGAUGGAUUUCAUGUCACCUUCCAUUCAGGAUGUUGUAGGUGUGCUAAACGAGAGGCAGUUCCAGUUCAAGUUUGGCGUCUUUACUAAAUGGGAUGAAGUCACUAAAAAAAUGAGUGAGACGAAGCGGCAACAAGCAAGAAAAAAUUACAAAGAGAGAUUUGAACAGUCGGUGAAAGAUAAGCAAGAAGUUUAUUUCGUUGAAGCAGAGAAUACCACACUAGCCACGGAGACGGCAGAAAGAAAUACUGGAAGAGAGGAGUUUCUAAGGUUUGAGAGGGAUCUGGCUGAGCGAGCAAAAUCUGUUAAAGCAGGAAAAGGUGUUGUUCUCAUAGAGCUAGCUGAACAUAUCGCUUCCAAAUUCGUCAAAGGCUCCGAAAACUUUACUCACAUCAUCGAUUAUAGGAAGAGAACGACCAAAGACCGUCUAGAAAGCUUACAGAAGGAAAUCAGCAUUAUGGAAGAAGAUCUCGAAUCCCUCGAUACAGUGCGCCAGGAAGUGAGAGGACUUGAUGAACUGAUAUGUAACGAUCUCUCUAACAAUGAGAUUGAUUGGUUGAAACAAAAACUUGGGGAUUGUAACAGCCAGGAAACAGAUAGUCAGAUCAAGGUAAUUGAAGAACAUUUACAGGAAAAAACUCGAAAGGUAGAGGCCAAGUUUCAGAAUUGGAAGGAUGCCCUGCGAUAUAAUUAUGGAUGUUCAGAAUAUAAGGUACCAUCCUAUAGAGCUGAACAGUCUGAAGACGGCGGCUACGCCGAACAGACAUACAACUGGCGGGAGUAUGGGUUGAAUUUUUUAAAUGCCGCAUGUGCUAUCGGAAUGAUGAUAGACCAACGGAGUAAAGGAGCACCAAUUGCUUCUGGUAAGUAA